GAUUGACAUGAUCAAGUUUCACGUGUGGAGCUGCUUUUGUUUGUAGCGCCACCAAAAAGUCGCCCCCAACUAGUGUCUACACAACUUCUAAAUGAGCCCUCAGUGAUGGAGCCAGGCAGACUGGAGGAGCAGCUACUCAUCUGCGCACAAGAGGGCAACUGCUCCCGUGUCCAGAGGCUGCUUCAGUCAAGGGUUGACCAGAGCAUCUCUCUCAACAUCAACUGCAGAUCUCGGAGCAAAGCCAGUGCGGGAUGGACUCCCCUCCACCUGGCCUGUUAUUUUGGACACAAGGAUGUUGUUGAGGAAUUACUCAAGGCUGGUGCGGAUGUAAAUGUGCAGAAUAACAUGGGUGACACGCCUCUACACAAAGCAGCCGCCACUGGAAGAAAGGCGGUCGUUCUGUUGCUGUUGCGGUACGACGCCUGCGCCAACAUAAUCAAUGGAACGGCCCAAAUCCCCAAGGAUGUCACAGAGGAUGACGAAAUCAUUACCAUGCUGGAGGCUGCAGAGAGAAGAGAGGAGAGGCGGCAGGAGGAGAAACUUCUGGAAGCAGCCAGGGAGGGCGACGUCUCCACACUGUCUAAGCUGCUCGGCAGAAGGCAGGCUCCAGAUAUCCACUGCAAGGAUUUAGUGGGAAAUACGCCCUUACACUGUGCAGCCUACAGGGGGCAGAAGCAGUGCGUUUUAAAGCUGCUGAAAUCUGGAGCCAACUCAAGUAUCAGAAACAAGAACGACCAGACCGCGUAUGAUCUUGCUCGUGAUGAUGAGCUAAGACAGAUUUUGGCAGCCUAUUAUAAGAAGGAUGUGAGCAAUGGGGUGCAGAGGUUUGAGGGCCCUCUUUGGAAGAGCUCACGCUUUCUUGGAUGGCGGUCCCACUGGAUAGUAAUUGAGGAUGGAACUAUAUCCUGGUAUCCCAGGCGAGCUGAUGCAGUGGCUGGUGUCAGAAAGCAGGGCUGUAAAACUCUAACGCAAGCCUACUGCAUGGUCAAACCAUGGGAUAAUUGCUUCUUCACGCUCAGGUGCUUUGAUGACACUGUGCAUUGUUUUAAGGUCUCCUCAAAGACAGAUUCAGUGGCUACGAGAAAAAAGUGGCUGGAUGCUUUGGAGGAGCAUUCAGCCUAUAGCACCCGGCACUGCACCCAGGAGCAGAUUAUGGUUGAUGAAGAGGGUGGUGAUAGUAUGGCCAUGGGGAGCCUGACACAUGCCCUACAGGCGGCCAGUGCCUGCCAGCAGAAACUGGAGAGUGAAGUGUCUAUUUUUCUAUCCAUGGUGAAGAACGAGGAAAAUCACGCAUUAGCUGCGCCUCUUCUACUGAAAGCCAAGGAGACCAGUGAGCUGUCCAGUGAAGUCUGUGCUGCCCUUCAUCUCUGCCUUGAAAUGUUGUCAAAACAAGAAGAGGUGUGGAGUCUGAGGUUGGAACAGGAGGUUGGGAAGAACAAAGCUCUGACAGAGGCCCUGCAGACAUUGGCGAGUGAGCGUGACGAGCUCAAGCAGUCCCUGUUUAAAGGCAGAAGGUCCCCUACCCUUAGUACCCUAACUGAAGAUGACUUCUAUGAUGCCCUGUCAGAGUCAGAGUCGGAGCUCUCAGUGAGCGGCUUCCUGUCUGUGGCCAGCCACUCCUGUGAAGAGGACGAGGGGAGAGACACCCCCCUUUCCAGCAGCCUCCGCUGUCCCAGCACCCUCAGGGGGCCUACCGGAAUGUCUGGGGAGGGUAGCCAUGGCAACCAACCAGCCCAGUGCAAUGGAGUCAAGAAGCGCAGAAACUCUCUACCAGCUCCCAUGUUCUCCAAGAAUGAUGUCAGCAUCUGGAGUAUCUUGAAGAAAUGCAUUGGCAUGGAGUUGUCAAAGAUUACCAUGCCGGUGGCCUUUAAUGAGCCCCUGAGCUUCCUACAGCGACUGACAGAAUACAUGGAGCAUACCUACCUCAUCCACCAGGCCAAUACUUCAUCAGACUCCGUGGAGAGGAUGAAGUGUGUCGCGGCCUUUGCUGUGUCAGCUGUAGCAUCACAGUGGGAGAGGACCGGAAAGCCUUUCAACCCACUACUAGGAGAGACCUACGAGCUGAUCAGAGAGGAUCUGGGCUUUAGGUGGAUUUCAGAGCAAGUGAGCCAUCACCCUCCAGUCAGUGCCUUCUAUGCCGAAGGCCUCGAGGAGGAUUUUGUCUUCCAUGGCUCCAUCUACCCCAAACUUAAAUUUUGGGGAAAGAGUGUGGAAGCAGAGCCCAAAGGUGUCAUGACUCUGGAGCUGCCUAAAUAUAAUGAAGCCUACACUUGGACAAACCCGACCUGCUGUGUCCACAAUAUUAUUGUUGGACAGCUUUGGAUAGAACAGUAUGGCAACGUGGAAGUGAUCAAUCACAAGACCGGAGAGAAAUGCUGUCUGACAUUCAAGCCGUGUGGUAUCUUUGGCAAGGAGCUUCAUAAAGUGGAGGGGUACAUCCUAGAUAAAAGCAAAAAGAAGCUCUGUGCAAUCUAUGGAAAAUGGACUGAGUGCUUAUACACAGUAGACCCCAAUACCUUUGAUGUCCACAAAAAGGCUGAGAAAAAGAACGCUGAGGAAAAGAAAGGCAACAAACAGAGCAAUGUGAACGAGGAGCCAGAAGAGAUGCCUCUACCUGACGCUGAGACGGUCCAGGUCAUCCCAAGCAGUGAGCUCAUCUGGAGGAUUGCACCUCGACCAGAAAACUCAGCCAAGUUCUAUGCCUUCACUACAUUUGCCAUGCAUUUGAAUGAGCUGGAAAAGGGCAUGGAGGGAGUCCUUCCCCCAACAGACUGUCGCCUCAGGCCUGACAUUCGCGCCAUGGAGAAUGGAGAUAUAGAUCUGGCAAGUGCAGAGAAGAAGAGACUUGAGGAAAAACAGAGACUGGCCCGGAAAAAUCGUGCCAAAUCAGAUGACGAAUGGAAAAUAAGGUGGUUUCAUCAGGGACCCAAUCCCCACAACAAAGCUCAGGACUGGCUCUACUCAAAAGGCUACUGGGACAGGAACUACACUCAGCUGCCUGACAUCUAUUAAUAUACAGAAACACAUAGGCAUGUAUGCCACACAUGUAGAUAUCUACUUCAACCUCAUUCAAACUUUUCUGCUGUAUCUCUGUACUAGAGCUUCUGAUGCUUUCAACUAAUUUGAAGCCUGAAAAAUGCAACAACAUAAUCAUUUCAAAAUAAAAGUACAGGCAGGGAAUAGGCCUUAAUGAGUAAUGUACCUGCUCCAAACUGUAUCUUCAAGCAGAAAAAUGCUGUAAAACACUGGCUGGCAGGAGCGGAAUGACACCAAAGACAUUAGCUUUGCAAAUUGAUUAGAGCUAAUUGUGUCAACACUCAAAGCACAAAAAUAAAUACCAAUUUUGCUUUUUCACGGUGGUUCUUGACCACUAUAAGGUGUAGGUAUGUUUGAAAAACGUAGGAUGUCUUUUACAAUUAUUAGAUAUGAAACUGAACUUAAGUAGAAAUUUAACUUGAAUGUGAAGUGGAUCCUGUGCUGUUACUCAGUCUGUAAAGUGACAGCAUCACUUAUCUGUGUAACACAGAGCUUUCUUAUGUGAUUUUGUCUCAGGCUUGUACUUCUAUUCACUAAUUCUCGAGAUCAUGUGAUAUACAUCUGUAAUUAUCAUUGCAUCUCAAAUGUGGCUGGCCUUGCAAACCUGUGACUACGGUCAGGCAUUUAUGUUUUGUACAUAUUAGAUAACAUUAAACUGAGUUACUCCAUAAUUCAGUCCUUAAAUUAAUUUGAGCUGUGUACAAAGAAGAAUAACAGCAUUGCACAUAAAAUCUUGACUCAGUAGCUGCAGUAGCACUUUGUUCCUUAAACAGCUUGACUGAAGCAAUUAAACCACUCUGCCCAUAUACAGAAUUAUUUUGUUUAAAAGUUUUGCUAUAGUGAAUUAUAAAUUGUUAUAAUCUGAGGGACAUAUACAUUUCUCAUAUCUAGCUGUCACAGUGAAUGCAUGUACAUGACUUGAACUAUGCAAACAUUAGCUGCACCUUUAACAAAAGAAUAAAAGUUGACACCAUGUUCAAAGUGUAAUCGAACAUUCCUUUCCCAUGCUGCAAGUAGCUGUUGUAGAUACUCUGGAUUAUUAAGAUACAGGACACUGGACUAGGCCUGCAGUUGUGCCCUCUGUAAAUGCAUAGUUUUACCUGUUACUCUUUGUGUACAUCGUUUGAGAAUAAAAUAAUUUCUAUUGUUGCUAAAUAAAAGUUUAAUGGUAAUUCAG